GGUUAUGUUGUCACGUAUCCACGUGCCUCUGUCGCCUGUAGCGCGCAGGCGCCGCCGCGAGGCUGUACUCUGUUGUCACGUCACCUCAGUCCUCUGCCAACCGGCGACCAGUCGCGCGCGUCGCCCCGCGACACACGUAAACAAAUAACGACUAUGACAUACACUUUAUGACGAAAAUAACAUAAUCGGUGUGUUUUGUUCCAAUUUUGAUGUCUAUAAUUUAAAGUGAACAUUUAAAAGUGUCUUUUUAGUGCCAUAAAGUGAUAGCGCUUGCAGUACAAAGUUUUUCUUAUCGCCUUCUCGCCUGUAAUUAGUGAUAUAUAGUUAAUUAUUGCGAAAUUCUAAAUACAGCUUAAUGUGUAUAGUUGCGCUAGUAUAACUAGGUGUAAGUGAAGAAUACGUAUCCAGUAUUUAAGGUUAAGUGACAGUGUCUAAAUGUCGCUCAUUUGUAGAGAGCUCAGCGGCCCCCUGAUGUCGGAGCCACUCGUCAGUCUGUACAAAUCCCCUGUAUCAGGGUGCGCCUUCCUGACUUACUUCAACCCGGAGAGCGCGUCGAGCGCGCAGUCAGCGCUUCAUGAAAAACGGACGCUACCAGGGAUGAACCGAGCAAUACAGGUGAAGCCGGCGGACAGCGAAAAUAGAGGAGAUCGAAAGCUGUUCGUGGGCAUGCUGAGCAAACAACAGACCGAGGAGGAUGUGCGGCAACUGUUCACGCCCUUCGGCACUAUAGAGGAGUGCUCCAUACUGCGCGGACCCGACGGCGCGAGUAAAGGCUGCGCGUUCGUAAAGUUCAGCUCACACCAAGAGGCGCAGGCGGCCAUCACCAGUUUGCACGGGAGUCAAACUAUGCCGGGCGCGUCCUCGAGCCUGGUGGUGAAGUUCGCAGACACGGAGAAGGAGCGGCAGCUGCGGCGCAUGCAGCAGAUGGCCGGCAACAUGAGCCUGCUCAACCCGUUCGUGUUCAACCAAUUCGGCGCCUACAGCACAUACGCGCAGGUCAUCACUGAGCAGCAACAAGCAGCCCUGAUGGUAGCAGCGACGGCGCAAGGCUACAUCAGCCCAAUGACGGCGCUCGCAUCGCACGCGCUCAACGGCAUGGCCAACUCUGUGGUGCCGCCUGCUUCUGAUAACUUCUCCGGCCUGGCGAUAGGCACGGGCGCGCAGCCACUGAACGGCGCGCUGCCGUCGUUGCCGUCGCCGACCAUGCCGGGGUUCAACAUGGCGGCGCAGACGGCCAACGGGCAGCCGCCGCCGCAGGACGCGGUCUACACUAACGGGAUACACCAGACGUUCACUGGACCCUAUCUGAGCGUCCCACUGCUGGGCGAGGACCGAGGCGUGAUAUCGCCGAUGUGCGCUGAUCUGACGAAUGUUGCAGCGGUGCCCGUGACGGCGCAGGGCCUGCCCAACGGCGAGGCGGCGCUGCAGCACGCGGCCUAUCCCGGCAUGCAGCCGUUCCCAGGCGUCGCCUACCCGGCGGUAUACGGCCAGUUUCCGCAGCCGAUCCCGCCGCCGAUGUCCACCAUAGCGCCCGCGCAGAGGGAAGAUUUUCUUAUGUUCCCAGGGUGCUCGAUCUCCGGCCCUGAGGGGUGCAACCUAUUCAUCUACCACCUGCCGCAGGAGUUCGGGGAUGCAGAGCUGAUGCAGAUGUUCCUGCCAUUCGGGAACGUCAUCAGCAGCAAAGUGUUUAUUGACCGCGCCACUAACCAGAGCAAAUGUUUCGGUUUCGUGUCGUUCGACAACCCCACAUCGGCGCAGGCCGCCAUCGCGGCGAUGAACGGCUUCCAGAUUGGCAUGAAGCGGCUCAAGGUCCAACUCAAGCGGCCCAAGGACGCCAACCGGCCUUACUAACCUUAGACGCCGUCCCUGCGCGCUCGCGUCACCACCGUGUCUGGCCGCGCGCGCCCCGCGCCCGCAGCGCGCAUCAUCAUGUAUUAUCAACAAUUCCAAGGAAUUUAUUAAUACAUCUUUAUUGUAUAGUAAAUAUCAUUACCUACAUACUUACCUAAAGAUUAUGCGAGCCCACUCGGCGAGUAUACUAAAUUAGUUAAAAGUAAUUUAUUAAAUCAGCGCGUAGGAAUGCUUCAUUCUUAUCAUUAUCGAUUAAUCAUUAAAUUACUCUAUUAUAUUAUUAUUAUAUAUACAAUUUAUUAACUUUGAUUAAAUUAUUAUUAUUAUAAAAUGACACGUUAUAAAAAUUUUGUCAUUCGUAAUCAUACUUCUACUUCUAAGUACUUAACGUUUAACUGAAACUUUUAACAUAAAUUUAUUAUACUAGUUAUUUGCUUGAACUAAGCCAAACUGAAUUUAUUAAGUAAGUUGAAAAUGUAAGAAAAAAGUGUAUUUUAAUUAUUGUAUAUUGCAACAAGACGUAGAGCCGGGACGCGCGUUGCGGACUUGCGCGGCGGCCGGGCCCGGCCUCUGGCCUCGCCGUCCGGCCCCUCGGCCCCGCGACCCCCGGCCCGCCCCGCCCGCCCGGCCCCCGCAGCCGCGGCGCCCGUCCCGGACACAUCGCGGACACUGUUGUCUCCCUCCGCCGAACUGAUUGCAUUAAUGUAAGUGCUCGGUAUAGAUCACUAUUGGAGUAUAUAUAUCCUAUAUUUUGUUAAAUUUUAUUAUGUGUGUGUCUGAUAAGCUAAUACGCUGGGGUACCACACGGCAGUCCUCUUGUGUAACAUAACCAGUCCCACUCCAAUGAUCUGUACUUUCAUGAUGCAUCGCGCGGCGAGAGCGUCCCGCGUCGGCCGAUAGCGCCCGACGCCCGGUACGCCACGGACAAUACGCGAUGACUCGUAUCGGUGCGACGCAACUCUGUCCAUGGUACGCCCAGCUCCUCACAAACUACUUGUUAGUGAACGUAAACUAAUGGCGAUGUUGUUGACAAAAAUUAAAUGUUUGUAUUUAACGCUGUGUACAAAUCAAAGUGCACUUCAACAUAAGACCGAAUACUUAGGCCUUCGUUUCAAAAGAUCGUGUUAUUAUGUGUUGUAAAUUCCAAAUGGGCUGUGAUAUAAAAAGUAUAAUCAACAUAAUGGACUGUACUCACGCCGUUCGUGUCUGUAUGUGACGCGUCUCGCCGCCGCUCGCCGCUGGCCGUGUGGCCUCCGCCGCUACGGGCCGGCGCGAGCGCGCGGCACGCACGCGAUGUCAAUUCUCAACGAGCGUGCUUCCCCGUCUUUAUUUCGUGUGUGUCUAUACAAAUAUAUACAUAAUACUAUUCGUGUUAAGGUGUUAAAUACAAUAAAUGUGAGGACCGCGUCCGGGAGUCAACAGUGGGAGGUGCGCGAGCUAACAGGUUACAAAACUAGUGUAAUUUCUACAGACAAAAAUAGAUUCAUAAUCAAAAAGGUACCAAUAUAAAUAUUAUAAUGAUACUGAGAUACCUUAGAUUAUAUUGUGUGCGCGCGGGCGGACUAAGUGCCGGUGUGGCGGCACAGGGCACAGGGCACAGCGCCGGCGCGGCCGAGAGCCGAGCGGCCGGGCGCGGGCGCGGGGCGGGGUGGCCGCUGCGGGCCCGGCCUGCCCCCGGCCCGCCCGGCCUGGGAGCGCCCGCCGUCGUCUGCCGCGCUAUAGUCAAAUAUUACACUCACCACAAGACAUAGAAUUUUAUAUUUACACAAAUAAUUAUAUUAUAUUGAUAUAGUAUUCUAGUUUUAGGCGUUUAUGAUUUGUAAGUAAGCGGUGUGUAUAAAAACAACAUGAAUUUGUGUACCGACGUUUCGAGUGUAUCUAGUUCUUUUCCCUGAAACUUGAGUGCAAUACGUUGUUGAGCUUUUUAAAUUGUUUUAUAGCGUUGUUUUCGUUCACGUCGCAUUUUUUUCUAAUUUGUAGUGUUUUCGUUGAAUUAUGUUGUUUAUUGACGUGGUCUAGUUUCGUACCGACUUGUGAGUCGGCCUCUGGGCCUCCGGUCUGUUCGGGCCUCAGGGCCGGCCGUCGGCCGAGUGAGUGCGGCGCGACGAGCGACGGCCCUCGCGCUAUUAGGAUACCAGUAAUCGAUGCCAAACCGGAACACGUAUACUUAGUAUAUCGACUAUCGAUAAAUAUCACCUCGUGCGUAAUGUAGGAGUAAUGCCCCCGGGGCGGCCCGAGCCCCCCGGGCUAUUAAUAAUAUUGUACUUAUAUCUUUAUACUGAUUAAAAUUAAAUCCCUAAAGAUAUAUUGCGGUAACGCUAACGUUUGUAAUAGAUUAAUGAACCUCUCUGAAUGUAUAAAACGAUCGCCCAUAAAAGUGAUUCUAGGAUACAGGGUAUGCUUUGCAAUUAUUUAAAUGUAUCUAAAUGUUUUCAUGUAGGCAGGUUUUGCCGAACUCUGAACUAGACUGCGAUGCUUCGGCCAGCCCGCUCUCGGGUCCACUAGCCGCGACUUUUUAUAUCCUCAUCAUAAGAACCGGAACCAUCUCAUCUCAUCCCAUCGCGGCCGCGCCGGGAGGGUACGAGUAGUUGUGGGACGGUUGCGGACGUCGGUCUGACGUUUGAACCAACCACAAGUCAGCGACUGAACUUUUCUGUCACCGUGAUUAACCAGGGGCUUGCUUUCCAUGCAGACUACUCUCAACUUCAACCUACCUGUUGUAAAACGUGCAGAAAGUACGAGGAGUGAAAAUAAACUGUUUAAUUUAUGAACUGACUAAAUAAAACAAAAAUCUUUAAAUAAAAUUAUUGAAAGAACGUAUCGCGUAUAUUUAUUUUUAAAUGCCUCCCUAUGUUUCAUUUACCUACCCUCUUUGGCCACGUGCGAUGGCAAUAAAGAGCUGAAAACGAAACUUAGAAAAGUAUUUAAAGUCAAUAAGUAUAAGCUAUACAUUCCAUUUUAAUAGUUAUUCGUAAUGUGUAAGUACCUAAUAAUGACGGAAACCACAGACAAUAUUAGAUAAAACGUCAAUCAAUCGAUAACUUCGUAGUUUGCACGGAAAGCCCCCUAUUCGAAGGUAAAUAGACCGGAUGGGAGCCCCUCUCGGGUGAUUCCUGCGCUUUGCCUUUUAUUUUACUAGUAACUGGCCGGACACUUCAUUCCAAAUUACUGCGCCUUGCGUUCUAACGUAUCCUCAUUCACUUGUCAUCUCAUACUUCUGAAGACGGUAGACCGCGAAACUAGAAAGCUGAGAAAUCUCCAACAUCAACCGUCUCUCGGAAACCUAACGGCAACUUAGUAUUACAAAAUCGAAUUUCUUAACUAUUUAACUCCUAAAACUUUUAUAGAAUAUUUAUAACGUUCGCAUGUUUAAAUUGGUCGUAGCGCUCGCGUAGAUGGAAUAUAAGGAAGUACCGAGGAGGUAGGUAGGGACGGUCGCCAGGCCGCCGCGCCGCGCCGGCCAGCGACGCGCGGUUACGCUCUGAUCCCUGUUCGACGCUAGUUAGUAAGAUGAAUGCCAAUAUUUUAAUCAGAAAAUGAAAAAAAAAACAAACGUUAGAAUUUGGAAUAAUUAAUCAUAUUAUUAUAUAUCUAUUUAUAUAAUAAAAUAUGGAGAGAGGCGCAUAGUGCUUUUAUGAAUUGUAGAUCCUAGUAAUGGAAAAAAAAAACAAUCUAGUCAUAUCUCUUUACGUUAUUUAUUUUUUCUAUCGCUUAGCAUAGUUUAGCUUCAAGCACUCUUUUUUGUUGAACUAUUUAUUUUAAUUUAUACUUAUUCUAGUGCUUUCUCUCGUGCCAUUUCGUUUUUUAGUUUAACUAUUAAUUAUCCUAGUUAGUUAAGCAUACGAUUUCCUACAGAUAAUGUCUACCCAAUUGUACCGAAACCGACUAUGUUGUAACAAUAAUAAGUUUAUUGUAUUCAUAUUUUAAUAAGUUAUCCAGAAUACUGUUUUAUUAUAGAUCAUUUCAUCCAUAGUUUAGAUACGUUAAGAUUAAGGUGAAUUGAGAUUAUUUAUGGUAAUGUACGGUAGGGAGGAGUGGAAAUGGUGUAACCGUUCGGUUAAAUUAGAAGUUAAAGUUACCUUAGCGAGUUAAAGACGAGUGAGUAGGCGAAGUAACUCUAUAGACGUUUUGCUAUCGAAUGUUAAAGCAGAGAUCGGCAAACGCGACGCGGGUACUAACAAGAUAUAAAACCUAGGUACUUAACAAAAGUAUUCCCGGUUCUUCCUGGGGGUCUAACCAAGUGACAAUCGUUGAUAGAAAACGCCAGUCGAAAGCGAAAUAAUGUACCUAUAGAAAUUAUCACGUAACUUUUCGUAGCACCUGAGAACCUACC